CCGAGUGACGCUCACGUAACAUCAGCGAACUCAAGGUUACGGAUAGCAGCGCAUGCUUGUAGAGCAGUGAAGUCACAUCUGUCAUGUGUCUGUCUGUCGGUGGUCGUCUGAAGGGAUGCAUAUCGCUGAUUUUGUGUCCGGAUCGUUUGCAGGAGCAUGUGGAGUUGCAGUGGGCUACCCUCUGGACACUGUGAAGGUCCGGAUCCAAACCCAGAAACAGUUUACUGGUGUUUAUCAAUGUGCAGUGGCCACGUUUUCCAAAGAAGGGGUGCAUGGUUUCUUUAAGGGCAUGUCCUUACCCCUCACCACAGUCUCUCUGACUUCGUCAGUGGUGUUUGGGACAUACAGGAACUGCCUCCAGUGUCUGAGCCAGGCCAGAGGAGCAUGUGGCGGGCCGUACACCAAGUUAGAGGUCUUCCUGUCGGGACUCGCCGGCGGCAUAGCUCAGAUAUCGGUGAUGUCUCCGGGCGACAUCGUGAAGGUUCGUCUGCAGUGUCAGACGGAGUCCAAGCGAGCUGGAGGCAACGUGAACAGAGUGAGGUACCGCGGCCCGGUCCACUGCCUGCUGAGCAUCGUCAGAGAGGAGGGCUUCAUGGGGCUCUACAGAGGAGCGCUGCCCCUCAUGCUGCGGGACGGGCCGUCGUUCGCCACAUACUUCCUGACCUAUACCGCCAUCUGUGAUUGGCUGUCCGAACGCAGCGGGAGGAGAGUUGACUGGGCUGGUGUAAUGCUCGCCGGGGGGCUGUCAGGAAUGGCCGGCUGGACGAUAGGAACGCCCAUGGAUGUGAUAAAAGCCCGUCUGCAGGUGGACGGAGCGCAGGGGACGAGGCGAUACAAGGGAUUCUUUCACUGCGUCACGGAGACUCUGAGGCUGGAGGGACCCGGCGUGUUCUUCCGGAGCUUAGGCAUCAACUGUCUGCGUGCGUUCCCCGUCAACAUGGUGGUGUUCCUCACUUACGAGAUCCUCACAGGAUUCCUACAAGCCGGACCUGAGAACCCUCCCCGGUUUGGGCUUGAAUAGUAACGUCCAUCUCCAGACUCAGUGUUCCAGAUUGUGUUUCAUGUGGAGUUUUGCUCUUGUAUUACGCUGCAAUACCGUUUGAUUGUCUGUUACAUGCAGAAUAACACAUAUGAUACUCAAACUACUAUGGUGGACGAGGUGAGGGGCAUCAAAAAUACAGUAGUUUGAAAUGUUACUUUGUAGCAAAGGAUGUGGGUUCAAUUCCUCUUCAGGGUAUUUUUAUGGGGAGAUUGCUUGUUCUUCUUGAGCUUGCAUGGAUUUUACAUGUUUACUUCCACUGUCCCUCCAAAACGGGUGUGUUAUCAUCUGUUUCUGAGUUUCAGUUCUGCUAUAAAUUUACUGGUUUAACCCAGGUUUUACCCUCCGUGCCUCCAAGCACAUAAUGUGGAUGGAUGGAUGGCAAACUGCAGGCGUCAGAUUGUACUGGAAUCUGUCUGACCACUAGAUGGCCACCUUGGCCAUCUUACAUAUCCUCAUCAGUCCUCUUCUGUUUUCAUGAGCUGCACCAGAUUGCCAAGAGAUGUCAAUACCUUUUAUUUACAGACUUCUAUAUCUGUGUCUAAUUCAAGGACCAUGGAAGGUCCUGGACCUUCUUUGAGCUGCAGUACGCACAGUUUUGCAAGUGUUUCUCUCAUCCAGGCGUGGUUCCACAUGCCUACAUAUCAUAACGUCCACUGCUGAGUGGCCCAGCUGCCCGGUCAUUAAAUAAUGUAAACUUUUCUCAAGUAAAUUAUUUAUUUUUAAGGAACAUGGUAAAUUCAGGGCUUCAUGAACAAAAUGUGAAUGAAGAUAUAUGCCAGUCGUAUUUGAUUUGUGGAAAACUGCUGAAAAUGUUUGUACCUUCCACAAUAAAGGUACAAACUUUGAUUGAGUGAUUGAAUGUAUUAAUGCAGUCAUUGAUUCAUAUUAAGAGAUAAUUGAAUUUAAAAAAUAUUAUUUUGUGGGUGAAUGCAUGAGUGUAAACAAUGUGAUUGGAUAUCAAAGUAUUGAACAGCACAUGUUAUGUAUUGUGUUAGCACAAAUUUAAUUGUUGUAGCAGCAUUGUCAGGACAAAAUAAGCAGUAAAUAAUUUGUUUGUUUUUUUAAGUUUUAAAAUUAACCAUUUGAAAUAUAGUGUUUGGGAAUUUAGCACAUAUGGAAAGAAGUGCCAAACUUUAAAUAUUCAAAACUAAUAUUUACCUCCUAGAAAACAGAUGGAGUUGCGGUAAAGCGUGAGAGACGCUGCUGUUUCAGACUGGAGCGCUUCACGCGGCCUCAGCUGUUCUGUGGAGAUCUGUCGCCAUCUGGUGGCUGAAAGGAGCAACGCGCUAGAAGCCACAAGUCGGCGUCUGAAAAUCUGCAUCAUCACAACCAAUAAAUGACAACAAGCUUCUCCUCGACCUCCUAACAGGCAGUUACACUUCAGUUAGUAAUGUUGAAUAAUUAUAUUUUUCUGGUUUCACCUAUAUUGAAGGUCUUUGCAGCCUGUUAAAUUACCCCAGCUCUUUUUAACCCUAUUAAUUCAAGCUUGGCUCACUUCAAUUGAGGAAGUCCUGGGGACAAUAUAAUGACCAGUAUAUGAGUCCAAAGCUUUAUUUAUCUACUCUUUGAUAGUUCCCAGUCUAUGAGUGUUCAGACGUAGUGGUUAACACUCUCUGCUCACAAUAAGAGCACCUCCGGUUUGAGUCUGGGCUUCGGGGGCCUUUCUGCUUGGAGUUUGCAUGUUUUCUGUGUGCGGUUGGUUUUCUUCCAUAAUUCAAAGCAUUGCAUUUGAAGAUGUGACUCUGUGUCCACUGAGCUGUCUCUUUGUGUUUUCCCUGUAAUAAACUGAUGUAAUUUGC